AUGGCGACUUUGGGGUGGGAGGAAGGCGGAGGUGGGUGGAGAUGGCGACGGCGGUUGUUUGCUUGGGAGGAGGAUAGUGUGAGGGAGUGUGUGAAUUUAUUGAAUAACAUUAUUUUGCAGGUUAAUUCACAGGACAACUGGUGUUGGUUGCUUGAUCCUAUUCACGGAUAUUCGGUUAGUGGGACUUACCGUUUCCUAACAUCUUUUGAGGAUCAGGAUGUGGUUGCUACAAACACAGAUGUGUGGCAUAAAUUGGUUCCUACAAAAGUUUCUCUUUUUGCAUGGCGUUUAUUGAAAGAUAGAAUUCCGACAAGGUCGAAUUUGGCGCGUCGACACGUUAUUCAAGCUUCUGACACUUUGUGUGUUGGAGGAUGUGGUCUCAUUGAGACGGCGGAGCAUCUUGUUUUAGGUUGUGAAUUGUUUUGGAAAGUUUGGUAUUUAUUAUAUCACUGGAUUGGUAUUUCUUAUGUUCUUCCAGAUUCGGUUACGGAUCACUACUUUCAGUUUACUCAUUUGGUGGGUAUGCCACGAGCUUCAUAUUUUUAUCUUAAGGUUAUUUGGCUUGCCUGUGUAUGGGCAAUAUGGAAGGAGAGAAAUAACUGUUUAUUCAAAAAUACAGUAAUUGAUCCUUACAAUAUUGUCGAAAAGGUGAAGCUGGAUUCUUUUUUAUGGCUCUCGUCAAAUUCUGUAUCUUUGGCUUUUGGUUUUCAUGAUUGGUGGAGGCACCCACUUCUUUGUAUAGGGGCUGCCUAA